GGGGGAGUGAGAGGGGGAGGUGCUGGGUCCAGGACUGAGUGGGCAGUGGGGACCAUGUAGACCGGCACAGUGGGGGGGACAGUAAGUGAGCAGAAACAACCCCCUCACCCCACAUCCCCCCGGCCCCCCCUCCCCCCGCCCGACCCCCCUCCCUCUCGCACCAUGUUCCGCCCCCCACCCCCCCACGUGGACAUCCCCCGCAACCUGAGCUACAUCUCGGGCCUGUACGAGAAGGCCUACCGGGAGGGGGGGGAGUCCCGCGGGCGCUCGGCGGCCCCCGCCUCGCCGAGGGAGCGGCGCAAGCGGCGGGCGAGCUCGCUGCCGGCGGGGGUGGGCCGGGCCGGCCCGGGCGAGGAGGACGGGGGGGCCCGCGGGAGGGGGAGGGGGGCCGCCGGGAGGGGCCGCAGCCGGAGCCCCGACACCAGGAAGCGGGUGAGGUUCGCCGACUCGCUGGGACUGGAGCUGGCGGCCGUGAGGCGCUUCAACCGCUGGCAGCCCCCUCGUGCGCCCUCGCUCGCCCAGGCGCGGGAUCGAAUACAGGCCCAGGCCCAGGCUCAGCUGCAGGCCCAGGCACAGGCUCAACUACAGGCCCAGGCUCAACUACAGGCCCGAGCACAGGCUCAACUGCAGGCCCAGGCACGGGAUCAACUGCAGGCCCAGGCACGGGAUCAACUACAGGCCCAGGCUUUGACUCAACGCAACGCCGGACUAGGCCCCAGACCAGGCCCUUGGCUGGAGAUGGAGAUGGGCGGCAAGGACUCGGUGCAGCAUCCGUGGAGGCUGGAGCCGGCGUUUGCCAACCCACUGGGGCAGCCGGGCUUUGCCGAGCGUCUACGCCGGGACAAGGUUUGCCUGGAGGGGCUGUCGGUGGAGGGGGACCGUGUGCGGGGCACGGUGCGGGUGCUGAACCUGGCCUUCACCAAGGAGGUGUGGGUGCGGCACUCGUCCGACAGCUGGCGUUCCCACGCCGACACGCCGGCCCGGUUCAUCCCCGGCUCCACCGACCGGCACACCGACCGCUUCGCCUUCGAGCUGCCGCCGCCGCUCCCCCGGGCCGGGACCGGCGCGCUCCAGCUCGCUCUCCGAUUCACCGCCGGAGCUCACAGCUACUGGGACAACAACGGCGGCACUAACUACCGGCUACGGGCAGUGGGAUCGACAGCUCCCCCGGUGCCCGCACCCCCACCCGCACCCUCCCCACCCCCCGAACACUGGGGGGCCAGCUGGAUACACUUCAUAUGACACCCACCCCCCACCCUGGGGACCAACCCAGCGACUCCUCCCCUCAGCACCUCGAGUGGGUGAGGAUCGGGUGUCACCCAGUGGGUGAGGAUCGAGUGUCACCCAGUGGGUGAGGAUCGGGUGUCACCCAGCGGGUGAGGAUCGAGUGUCACCCAGCGGGUGAGGAUCGGGUGUCACCCAGCGGGUGAGGAUCGGGUGUCACCCAGUGGGUGAGGAUCGGGUGUCACCCGGUGGGUGAGGAUCGGGUGUCACCCGGCGGGUGAGGAUCGGGUGUCACCCAGUGGGUGAGGAUCGGGUGUCACCCAGUGGGUGAGGAUCGGGUGUCACCCAGUGGGUGAGGAUCGGGUGUCACCCAGUGGGUGAGGAUCGGGUGUCACCCGGUGGGUGAGGCGAUGGGACGAGGCUCACUCAGUGGAUGGCGGGUUUUGGUCAAGUGUCACCUAAGGGGGAGGGGUUGGGAUCCAGGGUCGCCCAGUAGGUGAGGGGUUAGGGUUGUGUCACCCAGUUGGGACUGGUGUCUGGUCAGCAUGCACUCUGUGGGCCGAAGGGCCUGUUUCCCUGCUAUAUCACUCAAUCAACAGUGGGAUUGAUGUGUCUUUUGAUGUAAACGGAUAGCAGGGAGGCUGUGGGCCGAAUGGCUGGUUCUGACUACCUCUCUCCCCAGGGCCCUGUGCAUCGGGGUAGCAGGGUAGUUGUGGCCUGAAUGGCCUGGUUCAGACUCCCUCUCUCCCAGGGCCCAGUGCAGUGGGGUUGAUGUAAGGGGAUAGCAGAGAGAGUGGGCCGAAGGGCCUGGUUCUGACCCUAUCUCCCUGGGUGGGGGUUCAGAUUGCAGCCUCUCCCAAUGGGUGAGGUAAUAGGUCAAUGCUGACCCAGUGGGUGAGGGAGGGGCCAGCUGCAUACACUUCAUGUGAUAGG